AUGGUUCAACAACAGCAGCCCCAGCAGCAGCAGCAACAACAACAACAACAAUCGCAGCUUCCAUCUUCUGCCUCGGCAGCAGUUGCCCUCUCCGACUGUGGCCCUCACCCGAAUGGCCAUCAGCUGGCGAGCAGCUCACCCGACAGUGCCAACAACAAUCACCCCCACCACCACUUAAAGUCAGUGGGACCAUCGUCCGUGAUCACCAGCACCAGCACCACCACUGCAGCAGCAUCAAUGGCAGCCCUCUCACCUGAAGCAGCAUCCCUCUCCACUAGUCCAGUCGUCUACGGAGAGCUGAUCAUUCUAGGGUACAACGGCAGCCUGCCGCAGGGCGAAAAGGGCCGUCGUCGGUCAAAGUACCAGCUGAUGAGGCGACUGGCGGCGAAUGGCAUCAAAAAGUCGAAGCACUACUCGGUGAAGCAGCCGCAGACUUCCAAGGCCAUCCAAGACAAGGACCUGCACUCCAUCUCCUUCACCCUCUGUCGAUCUCAGGCGAUCAUCGUUGAAUAUCAGCACGACGAGGAGACGGACAUGUUUCAGGNUUGCCCUUUGCCUAAUCCUCUCCUCCUCUCCCCUCAGAUUGGCCGCUCCUCAGAGAACCCCAUUGACUUUGUUGUGAUUGACACUGUGAUGCUCGACCCGAGCCGGAGCAGCAGCCCGGUGCAGCAGUCGACCAUCUCCCGCUUCGCCUGUCGCAUCCUCGUCGACCGCCGUCCGCCGUACUGCGCCCGGAUCUACGCCGCCGGCUUCGACUCCUCGAAGAACAUCUUCCUGGGGGAGAAGGCGACCAAGUGGCAGGCCAACGGGGAGAUCGACGGACUGACCACCAACGGCAUACUCAUCAUGCACCCCAAGAGGCCCUUUCUCAGACAAGGUCACCUGGGCGGCGUCUGGCGGGAGGUGUCCGUCUGCGGCGAGAUCUACUCGGUGCGGGAGACGCGGUCCGCCUCGCAGAAGGGCGUCCGCAUCGAGGCGGAGACGAACGUCCUGCAGGACGGCACGCUGAUCGACCUGUGUGGGGCGACGCUGAUGUGGCGCAGUGCCGAGGGCCUGAGGCGGUCACCGACCAGGCGCCACCUCGAGGAGAUGAUCGACGCGCUGAACGCCAGUCGGCCGCAGUGCCCCGUCGGCCUCAACACGCUGGUCAUUCCGAGGAGGGCGUCAGCAGGGGGCGGCGUCUGUGGUCAGCUGGCGGCCAGUCUGGCGGCGGGAGGCAGUGUGGACGACGAGAAGCAGCC